GGACUCUGGUAGUGUUGGGUUGUGUGGUGCACGCGAGUGUUGUACGAGCCUUUGGUCGCCGGGGAUUGACACAAUAGGAGAAAUAUUUCGGCCUCAAAUGAAUAACCAAUCAGUCAUAAUAAACGAACUAUCACAAUCUCCAGUGUCUAUCAGUGAUGAUAAUCAGGUUGAUCUGAGGCAGGAUACUAUGAGAGAAUGAAUCCAAUGAGUAAUCGGAUUGAGACUGAAAUUCAAUUUCCAGUUUAUAGUUCGUGUUGAAUGUGGACAAAUGUGAUCAUGCAUUCAUCUAUUAUACCAAUAGGUCCGCAAUAAUCAAGAUUUAAAUUCUCUGCAUUAUUCUCUGAUUCCAAAGGUCCCCUCAACAAUAACAGUACUUUAGCACUCGAUUGUCCGACACUCUCAUGGAUUUUGGUUGAGGAUAGAAUACAAAUCAAUGCAAAAAUUAAUUAAAACAUUAACUUGGACAUAAAAGAAAAAAAAAAUUAUAAUAUCGUAAAAUAAUCAGAGUUCCAUCACAAAUCAGAUUACCCAGAGAGAGAAAAAAGAAAAUACAUUCAAGAGACAAGUGAUCUCGUGCAAUGCCGAGAUGCUGCAAUGAUAAUAAAGCAGUGAGCCCGGUGAGCACCAAUAAAAAACGUACUGAAGAUAUUGUGCUCACGCCCAGUCGUUUUCCCAUUGGUAAUCCUUUGGAAUUUGAUAUUAAUAAUCGUCCACUGCUGGAAAAAUCCCACAGGAGAUUACGUUGUGAUCUCAGUCCAGUUCCAACUAAUUCAAACGGAAGUCUCAGCAUCAAGUUCCUUGGCUUGAAGGCUGAUAAAGGUCACCGCCAAGAUCAUCAGGUGAGCUCAGGUGGUGGAAGCUGCAGAGGCCGAGAAAAAGAACCAAAAAAACGUGCAGCUAUAGGCAACGCAGUGCGAGGACUCUUUCCCUCUGGCCACACCAGACAGGACAGGUAUGAGACAACAAAACAGCGUGCGUCGGGGGGAACAGGGGGUGUGGGUCUGUCCGGCUUAUGCCCAAAACUCCUGGCCAGUAGUAACGUCAGCACCGAUACCGAUACCCAGAGCGGCAUUACCUUGGGGGUGGGCCACAUAGCCAAUACUGACCCGACAAAUAGUUGCGGCGUCAUUACAACCCAGCGUAAUCACCGUCGCCAGCGCAAAAUCGGCAUAAUAAAUCCGUCAGGAAGUGGUGGUACUGGUGACAGUAAGAAUUCAAAUCGUAAUUCAAAUAAAAAACAAUUAAGAAGAGAGACUGUGGAGUCCACGUUAAUUACAAAUGGUUUGGCGUCAUCAAAAAAACAAUCUCCAUUGGUGAAUCAGGAUCAAACAAGUGAUACCGGUUGUAGCGAUGUGGAAGAGGUAUCAUCAACUAGUGAAGCUAUGUCCAGAAUACCCAGUUUCAGUUCAACACCGCCCACGCCAAUUGAUCUAGUUAAAUCUAGAAAAGUAAGUACUGAAGAGGAAACUGUGGAUAGAGUAUCCCCAAUGGACUCGGAUUCACGAUUGAUUGAUGAGAAUCUAAUAAGAAAAUCAAACUCCUCCCAAGAGCGACAUUCAGACACCCUGGAAUGUACCAAAACGUCGACUCCAGUUCGAAAAAUUUCCUUCAAAACACUCGAUGGCGACAAUAAACGCUCGAAAACAAUUUCGAAUUACUCUCGAUCAAUGGACACCGAUAAACAGCCGUCAUCCAUUACAAAACAAGAAACAAAAAUCAAGAAUGAGACUAAAGAGAAACGAAAAACCUCCGUAGAUACAACAUCGCAGAUUCCAAAGCGAAAGAUUUCGAGUGAAGCGACAGAAACUGAUUCAUCAAAAAAAUCCUUAUCAUCGUCAUCGAGAAACGACGAUCAAGUCAAUGAUGGAACUGAAAAAUUCAAAUUUUCAACGAUGAAGAACAUGAGAUUUAUGAUGGCUGAUGUAACGGGUGAAUCAGCGAUGACUGGAAAAGAAGAAGAGGCGAAAGAUAUUUCCUCUAUUGAUGUUACAUCAAUUGACGUGGAGGAAACAGUGACAAUAUACGAGGAUGACAAUGGUACGAGUAUAAGUGAUAUUGUAGCAGCUCAAGCACUUCGAGAAUCCUUGAGUAAACUUGGUAAAGUUCCUCCACUCGAUACUGAACAAGAAUCAGAAUUAGAACUUCCUCAAGUAUCAAAAUCCAUCGAUCCCAUAAUGAAUACAAGAAAAACUGAAUCGGAAAUUAUUCACAAUGAUCAGAAGGAUACAUCUGUCCAGGAAGAGACUGUUGAGGGAUUCAUAGGUCCACUAUUAGACGAAAAUUUUAAGGCUGAUGCCACUAAAUUGACUCAAGAGACAAUGACCAUGGAGGAUGUAAGGAAUUUAAUGAUGAAAGUUAAGGUGCAGACUGUUGAAGACGAUGGUGAUGACGAAAAGGCAAUUGGUAUCUCUCCAGACGAGAGAUUCUUAAAAUUUGAGGAAGAAAUUGGUCGAGGAAGUUUCAAGACUGUUUAUCGUGGUCUGGAUACUCAGACUGGAGUUGCUGUAGCCUGGUGUGAACUUCAGGAGAAAAAACUUAAUAAAACAGAGCGAUUGAGAUUUCGAGAAGAGGCAGAGAUGUUAAAGGGACUUCAGCAUCCCAAUAUCGUACGCUUCUAUGACUACUGGGAAGUCACUCUAACUCGUAGAAAAUACAUUGUUCUUGUGACUGAGUUAAUGACGUCAGGUACUCUCAAAACAUACCUUAGGCGCUUUAAAAAAUUGAGCCCCAAAGUCGUUAAAUCAUGGUGUCGACAAAUAUUAAAAGGUCUAGCUUUUCUUCACUCUCGAUCACCUCCAAUAAUCCACCGAGACCUCAAAUGCGACAACAUCUUCAUCACAGGACCAACUGGUCAUGUAAAAAUCGGUGACUUAGGCUUGGCAACAUUGAAAAACCGUAGCUUUGCGAAGAGUGUAAUAGGAACACCCGAAUUCAUGGCACCGGAGAUGUACGAGGAACACUAUGACGAGUCAGUGGACGUUUAUGCCUUUGGCAUGUGCAUGUUGGAGAUGGCAACGAGUGAAUAUCCAUACUCGGAGUGUACUGGACCAGCUCAAAUCUAUAAACGUGUAGUCUCUGGUGUGAAACCUCUCUCUUACGACAAAGUAGAGAAUCCCGAGGUUCGUGAGAUUAUAGAAAUGUGCAUAAGACUAAAGAAAGAAGAGAGGCCACUUGUCAAGGAUUUAUUGAACCACGAAUUUUUCGCUGAGGACGUUGGACUGAAAUUGGAAAUGGUAUCACGUGAUACUGCAGUUGCUGAUACCGAAUUAUCACGCGUUGAGUUUAGAUUACGUGUUUUGGAUCCAAAGAAACGUAGUAAUAAGCAUAAAGAGAAUGAAGCCAUUCAAUUUGACUUUGAUAUUCAAUCCGAUAAUGCUGAGGAAGUAGCACUUGAGAUGGCUAAAUCAAGUUUGAUACUUGAAGAAGAUGCGAAGGUUGUAACGAAGAUGUUGAAAUCACAAAUUGCUGGAUUACUUCGUGAUCGUGAAGAUAGAAAAUCCAAGGAGGAGAAGGAACGUCUGGACAGAGAAGCUGUUGUAGAUAAUCCCCCUAAUUUAUUGCAACAGGUGCAGGUGCAGCAGAUACAACCUCAACAGCAGAUGCAACAGCAGAAUCAACCGCAGCAACAGUCACAGCAGUCUUCACAGUCGCAGCUGCAAUCUCAAUUGCAACCACAGCUGCAGGUACAGCAACAGACUCAGCAGAUUCAGCCACAACAGCAGCAGCAGCAGCAGCAGCAUCACCACCAUCAUCACCACCAACAACAGCAUCAUCAACAGCAACAACAGCAGCAGCAACAGCAGCAGCAGCAGCUGAGUAUGCAAAUGCAAGGACAUAUUCAGAUGCAACCCCAGAUCCAAGCAUCAAUGCAGUCUCAGAUUCCCCAACAACCUCAGACAAUUCCUGCAAACACUCAGCAGAGCAUGCAACAAUCGUUGCAACAGAAUAUGCAACCACAGCAGGUGCAGAUGGUUCAGCAGCAGGCAAUGAUGACACAACAGACAACAGCCGUUGUACAGCCUCAACAAGCUCAGCAAAUGGCGCAAGUUGGUGCAGGAAGUCAGCCUCAGGUAUAUCAACAAAUUCAGUAUCCAACACAGGGCCAACAACCGCCACAGUACACCCAGCAGAUUGCCCAGGCGUUGAGUGCAAAUACAUCUCAGUGCUCAACACCACAGACUAUUCAGGGACCACCUCAAUUCCCUCAGAUCAUUCAAACUGGUGUUUCACAGCAGGCACAUGUCCAGCAGCAACAGCAGUAUGUACAAAUUAAUCAGAUGUCUGUACAGCAGCCGGGACAGGUACAAUCUCAGAUACAGUUGAAUCAACCUCAACAGCAGGUUCAGCAGGUUCAGCAGGUACAACAGGUUCAGCAGGUUCAACAGGUUCAGCAGGUUCAACAAGUUCAGCAAAUUCUUCAGCAAGGUCAAACUCACAUGCAGUACGCACAGGGACAGAUGCAACAACCACAAUUAUCUCAUCAAAUAAUAUCGAAUCAGAUGAAUCCAACGCCAAUACAGGUACAGCAGCAGUACUAUCAGCAAGGUGCUACUAUUUAUCAACAGAAUAUUCAACAGCAAGUGUAUCAUUAUCCCAGCAAUUCCAACGCUCCGACUCACUGCAAUACCAAUCAAUCGACGUCUCAAACGUAUGUGCAAGUAUCGAACACUCCUGUGCACGUGACACCGUCCCAGGGAUUUGUUCAAACCAGUCAGUCUCAGCCUCUUGGUCUGACCAGUGUUCAGAACAAUCAGGCAACUGGACAAUUAUCUAAUACCGUGCAGAACCAAAAUAUUACCACCGGACAGGCACAAGUGAUGAUGCAAAUGCAGUAUACACAGGCUAAUCAAAUUCAAGGGAGUAAUCCUAACAUAAUUCCUACACAGCAGAGUAUUCAACCUCAACAGGCUCAAAUACAAUCACACAUGCAGACUCAAGUUCAGGCGCAGUCUCAGGUCCAAGCUCAAGUCCAACAACAAGUUCAAUCUCAAUCCCAAAUUCAGCUUCAGGAAGCUAUUAAAAUGACUUCCUCCCAGGGUUCAUUGACAAAACAAGAUACAAUGGAAUCUGUUACUUCUUUGACGUUUGAUGGAUCGCAAAAUCUUCAGCAGGAGCAAUCAGGAUCUUCAGCCCCAUACGACAAUCAAUCUGAGAACUCGGAGAGUGUUGCUGCACCAGAGAGAAGUAGAGUCAAACGAUCAGGCACUAAAAGGAAGAAACCGGGAAUUAAGUUGACGGUUUUAUCGGUGAGCAAUGCAGAGAGCCAGUCCAUGACUGUUGAAUGCCAGUUGGAUACUAGUAAACAGAAAACUGUUACGUUCAAGUUUGAUAGAGAUGAUAUGGUGCCAUUGGAUAUUGCUAAUAAAUUGAUUGCUGAGAAUUUGUUGCCUCAGACACAGUGUGAGACGUUUACGGAGCUGAUUGAGGACAUUGUGAAGCAAUUGAGAUUGGAUCCUUCUAGGAGCUUGCCUCUGGUGGCUCACGGACCCCCGGAUCAAUCAGCUGGUGGCAGUCCAGUGACCAGUCGGAGACCUAGAGAUAGAGAUCACAGUCUCGACCCAUCGAAGCAGGUCAGACAUGGUUCACUGACUCGUCAGAGCAGCCAUCGAUCUUCCUACAAAGCUCAUCGUAGGCAUCGAUCGAGAGACGAGACCUCGAACUCAGCUUCUUCAAAGAUCCUUCCAAUCGAUCAAAUAAUGUCGCAAAUAGGAUCGACACAAGUGGAUAAAACUCCAGCAAGUGUGACAUCUUGUGAAGGUCCAAAUACCACUGAAAAUAGUACUUCAGAGGAAAUUUCUCGACGUUCAUCUACGUCAACCCAAAAUACAGAUACACUCACCCCAGUGAACGUUCCCAGUGAUUCCAACGAGAACUACGAGAGCGUGGGGUCUGAGGAGACACUUCUAGAACCCAACAACAGUUCACUGGAGGAUACUGGCGAGAUCAUCACAAGGCCCAUGCUCCCCGUCACUGUAGACCAAUCUCCAACAGCAAAAAAAUCUGGAGAAGAUGCCGCUCGUGAAAUGAAUCCACCCAUAACAUUGUCAACACUUCCUGAUGAUUCCCAGGAGUUUACAUCAGAAGUUCCUGAAGAAUUACUCUCAACAUCAGAACCUAAAUCGAAAAUUCUACCCAUGAGAAAAAUUUCCAGGUUUCUGGUGAGUCCAGUGGCUGAACAGAAGACAAUAUCUGGGGAUUUGGAGAACGUAACCGUCCAUGAAAAAAUUGCAACACCAGUCCAAUCAAUAUUACUCCCACCCGUCGACAACAUUCAGCAUAUUCAAAAACACGAGGUGGAUGUAAAAUCAAUGGAGAUACGAUCUGGAGGUACUGAAUUUAUUCAUCAAGACUCAGUGAAUAAUCAACAGAUUAAUCAAUUAAAAUCAAUGCAACAGCUUAAUCAGUUGUCAACUAAAACUGCAGUUGUUACGCAAACAAAACAAGAAACUGUAAUGGUUGUUCAAACCACAAAUUUAUCUCAGAACCCGCAGCUAAUUCAAAAUAUCCAGAACGUUCAGAAUGUCCAGUAUCAUCAAAAUAAUGGAGUUGUGCAGCAAAAUACUGGAAUUAUCCACCAAACUGGAAUCCAAACAAAUGACAGUGUUCCACAUAUUCAGAAUGUUUCGAGUAAACAAUAUCAAACAGAAAUAUCACAUACAAUUCAACAAGUGACUCAACCAGAUCAAGUGGUUCAGCAAAAUCAAGUGCAUCAGAUAAACCAAAUGAUAGACAUUAAUCAAAUGCAAAUGCAGCCUCAAAUAUCUCAGAAUAUCCCUCAGCACAUGAUUCAUGAUCAGAAUCAGACGAGUCAGCAUCAGCAGCAAAUGCAACAACAUUUCGUUCAAUCCAUUCCCCAGCAGAUGCAACCUCCACAGCAGAGUCAACCCGUUCAACAACAAUACGUCAUUCUUUCGGGUCCUAUGGGUCAAAUUCAAGGUAAUAAUGUUGAAGACUGGAGCAGAAGGGCUUCAAAUAUAUCCACAGACUCCCAAGGGAAUGUAGAAAUCAAUCCUCUUUCGAAUCCACCAAUAUCUCAUCCACAAAAUGAUCAAUCGACUCCAUUGUCUCACGAGCAUCAUUACCAGAAUCUCCAUCAGAACUUCCCUCAGACGAUGCAGCCAACACUGCAGGAUACUCCGAAAAUUAAAGCAAAAGAGGUGUCAUCAACUCUACCAGAUCUUGCUCAGAACCUUGCUAAUAUUUUAUCGAAUCCAAAAACAAAGUCAACCACUCCACACAAUGCUACACCUCACGAUCCGUCAAACAUUAUUAAUCAACCGACAACGUUGUCUACUCUACAUUCAGAGCAAUACUUCCAACCAAUUCAACCUGAAGUACCUCAACAACUUCUCACGCAAGUACAACAGCAAAAUUUUCAAAUUCAACAUCAAAAUUUCCAAACUAUUAAUCAUGGUCAAAUGCAAAUACAUACGAUUCAGCAGCAAACGCAUUCUCAGCAGAGUGAUAUAAAUAAUAUGCAGCAGCUGAAUCAUCUCCAGCAACAGCAGCACCAAUCCCAAACAUUGCUCCAACCUGUGGUUCAGUCUCAACAAUCAGUCCCUCAGGAGAGCCAACAAAUUCAAAAUCAGGUGGAGAUGAAUUUGCUGAACCAGAAUAUAGUGGUAGGACAAUGGGUUGUGCCAAACUAUCCAGCGAAUCAGAACAUUCAGCACGUGAUUCAACCAGUUCCAGUACAAUAUGUAAAACCGAUUCAAAGUGUUGCCCAGCCUAUUCAGCAAGUUCCAUCCCAAUUAUCACAGGAGCAUCAAGACAUCCAGAUGGAUCAGCUCCAGCAGCACUUGCAAUUGAGACUGCCCGAUCACCAUAAAACCGAGACAGAUUCAGCGAUUGAUGUUGGCAGCAUCAGCAGACGUACAAGCUCGGAUUGUCAAAUGAUGUACGAGACAGAUACAACUAUUUCAAGUAGAGACAUCACACCUGAGCAUACGAUAAUGGAAUCCUCAGACUCAGUUUAUCACUCGUUGCCUCAAGCAAUUGUCCAGAAUCAUUACAAGCUUAGCCAACAAAAUUCAUUGGAUAAACCAGCGGAAAUAUCGAGCCCUGGUCCACAGACUAUUGCUGAUCUCCAGCAAAAACUAUCACAACUGACUAGUCAACCCUCAGAAUCACUUAACGUUGGCACUCCACCCAUGAGUCAUCCAGUAACACCCCAUGGGCCUCCUGGAACUACAUUAUGCGAUACGUAUCCCCAAUUGAUCCAGAAUAAAAUAAUUCCCAAUGUCACAGCUAUUCCAUCACAAGUUCAACCACUGAGUCCAUUAUCACCUCAAGCAACUGUUCACUCUGGACAAAUUCAUGUGGAGCCAACUGCUGUCACAGGUACUCCCAAUAUUUCCAGCAUGACUUGGAAUGAAGAUCAAGGUUCUCAGGCAAUUAUGAAUACCCCUGACGCAGCUUCUACAGACAGUCCAAUUCCAUCAGGAGAUACUGUCUCCAGUCCCAGUAAAGAAAAUGUAAAAAAUAUCCGAGCUCCAAGACCUGGAUCGAGGCUACAAGAAUUGGAGCAAGAGCUUGCCAAGAUUCAUCAUAAAUGUACAGGGCUUCCUACAUCUUCUCCACAGCCAUUGACCCCUCCAAUGGCUGGUGUACAAGGAAUUCCUUCUCUAAAUGCUCAGUUACCCUCGCAAUCAUCAGCCCAACCGCUUUUCACUUCAGUCGUUCCAGUAUCUGCAAUUCCAGUGGGCACCGUUGCACCGUGCAUUGUCUCCAGUAAUUCUGGAUCCAACACGCCCGUUCACCUGGAGUUACACGGAGAAACAGCAGGGCAGAAUCAGCCUGUGAGAAAAGUUUCAAGAUUCAUGGUAUCUAAAGUGUCUGGACCACCGUCUGGAGAAGGAUUAGUGGGAAUUCAAGGGCAAAUAGUUGAUAUUCAGAAGCAAUCGAUGAUGCAGGAUAUGGGACAUCAUUACGUUGAUGAUUUCCAGCAGCAACCACCGGCAGUAGUCCUGCAAAGCCGAGAGGGUUCUAUGCCCCCAGGAUCAUCGAUUCAACUGGGAUUAUCUAUUGAAUUGGAAAAGGAAGAGAGAAAACAGUUGACUCCGAGUGAUGAAUAUCAAUUGUUGAUUAAAAGACAGACCUUGGAGCUUGAGUGUUUGCAGAGGAGACACAGAGAGGAGCUUGAACGUUUCCAACAACAUCAGCUUCAGUUGUUGAUUCAGCAACAGCAGCAGGCAAGUGCCAUUGCCCACCAUCAGCAUCAUCCUCUUUUAUAUCACACUGUUGCUACCACUGUCCCAUCGAGACCUCAUGGUGUCGAAGAUUAUGUGAUGUUUAGCACAGCUCCACAAGCCUCGUUCCGCCGAAUCUCUGGUUAUGUUCCAGAUACUGAAGAAACUCUUCGAUUAGCAACCCAGAAACUCAAGCAAGCCAGUCAACCCGCCUCUGGAAUAUCUCAUGCUUAUGUUAUUCCUAUUCCUGUUAUGUCUGAGAGCUCUCACAAAUCUUUUGCUAUUCAGGAGAGUGAGUGCAUUGGAAGCACUAAUGGAUCGACGAUCAGUCAUCCUGGGUACCAGUUCACUUCUAUAUUACCUGAUGCAACCAAUAUGACGUCGGGAAUUGGAUCGAUUAUUCAGGCAACACCUGUAUCGAAUUCUGCAGGAUCUUCAGGAGUUGGUGGUGCUGCUGGUGGUACUGGUUACGUACAUUAUCACGAUUCACAUUCUGCUAAUUUUCAGACUUUCAGUUAUACUCCCCAUGGGGGAUUUUUCCUGCCUCCUGGGUACAGACUAGUUUACGCACCUCCUGAGACUUCGCAAUCGCAAUCCCAACCGGAGACUCCGGCUACGCCGCAUCAUAGUGGUUCCCAUAAUGGGACACCACCUGGGGAGCCUCAGGGACAUGAGAAUUUACAGGGAAAUAACAGUGAGCAGUGAAAAUAUUGGGGAUAAUGAGGUUCAAUGGAGAAUCGGAAAUUUUCAAUUUCAAUAUUCAAGAGUUGAUCAAAAAAUAAUAUGGCACGUAUUCUUAUUCGCUUCAAAGAUAUUUGAAUUAACUGAUUCUGAAGAGAAUGAAUGUCAUGCCCCGAAAUUUCUAUAUUUUAAUGCACAUUUUAUCUCGGAAAUAAUUGAUUUAAAGAAAGCAUGUCAAGAAUUGUUUGUUUUUUUUUUAGCCACUUAAAUUCUUCCACAGAGAAUGUCAUUCGCCAUGAUCUCGGAAUGUUUUAUGGAAAUACACUCACGGAGAAUAGUAAAUCCCUACCAAAAAUUGCUGUUUUAUAUUUUUAGGAAUUCUGAAAUAUUAAAAAAUGCGAAAAUUUUUAUUCGCAAUUCGAACGUCGAUCGAUAAUAAAUUGAAAAUUUUCCAAUGUUCUUUCACUCCUAAUUGAUCAUUGUUGCUGAGAGCAGUUCUUCUCAAAUGUGCCACUGUUUAAAAAGAAAGAGACGAGAAAAAAAAACAAUUAGAAAAUCGGAUCGCUGAGUAGAAAUUAAUGGAUUGAAUAAAUUCAUUGAAAGGACGAAUUGCACAGAGAAUUAAUGAAGUAGAGAGAGAAACAUAGAUUUUAAUUAUAUAAAAGAAUUAGCUCGAAACGUUCGCACGUGAUAUAUAUAUUUGUAAUUGAAUUGUGUGGAAUGAUUAAGUGUUGGCUUUAAUGUCAGAAAAGAGAAUCGAAUGACGAGAAUUUUCCAAUUGUAAACGAUUAAUGAGUGAAUUUGUCUGCUUUUUUUUUCUUUCGGUAAAACUGAUAAAUUAGUUUUUUUUUUUUCGUUUUCAAUUGAAAGAAGGUAUGAUUCAUGAUUUGUGCAGGCCUCAACUAGUCCUUACGAUCGAAAUGGCUUAUGAACAAUUCGCCAUUAUCCUCGGAGAAAAAAAAAAAAUGUAAGUGUAAAAGUGUUUUUAAAUAAUGAGAUAAUGAGUGCUUGAUAGAUUUCGUUUAUCUUGAGAGCUAAUUAAAGAUGUACGAAUGACCAUAAUGUUUUUUUUUAUGAGUGCGAGAUGAAUGAAUGUAUGAGGACGAUUAAAUAUAGUCACUGUUAUGCUUUAAUGUAUUUUCUAGCAAUUUUAAAAAUUACUUCAAUUAAAGAAAACCAAUAAGAUGUGUUACUAGUUAGA